AUGAUCCCAGGCGCGGGCGCGCCCAUAUCACCGUUCGCAGUCCUCGCGUUGGGGCUGCUCCUGGCGGGCUGGCGCGCGGCGGAGCGGCCCGUGGCGCCUGCGGGCCCGCCUCGCCCCGACCUUCCUCCGCCGCAAGCCACGGCGGGAGGCUGGUGCCCCGCUGGACCGCCCGAGUGGUUCGUUGGGAUCUGCCCGCCGCUUGCCCCUUGCCCGGCCUGCCCCGCAUGUACCUGCGAGGGCGGCGGGGAGGUCGUCCUGGGCGACCAGCUGCUGACGGUGCUCGGGCCGUCGGUGCUGACCAACCUGCGGGCCUCGGGGCGAAUGGCGCUCCUCCCCUUCGGCAAGGAGGAGGAAUGGUACAGUGACGAGGUGCCUGGCCAGUACCUUUACCGCUUCGCGGCGCGGAUCGGCCCCGUCGAGCUGCGCAAGGGCAUCCCGCGAGGGCAGCGCGUCCUGGAGCCGGCGGAGGUGCGGGGGCCAGGCGGCGAGCGGAUGCGCAUCUCGCUGUUCUUCGGCGGGGCCUUCCCACCCCGUCGGGUGCGGGGCAAGCAGGUCCUGGACGCUGGAGAUGGGGCCGCCUUGGGGGGGCGCGCACCCGGUGGGGGGUCUGCGACCCCGCUCGCCCUCCCCGAGGCGGCCGAGCACUCGCGGCGCCCCGGGCAUGCCCGGGUCUUGGCGGAGCCCGCUGAAGCGGCUUCCAUCGGGAGCGAGGUGGACCUGCGCCGUGUGCGGGUGCUGUUCGCGAACGAGCUGUACGCUCUCGCGGCGUGGUGGGCGGCGUUGCGGUUCGGCUGCGCCGCGGCGGAGCCAAUCCAGAGCGAGGACAUCAGGGUGCUCGCGGUCGACUUCGACGGCCAGGGCGGGCGCUUCAAGGCCUGGCGCGUCGCACUCACCGCCUGUAAGAAUGCGCUGAGGAUGGGCGGGGGUCCGCGGUUGUGGCCGCGGGAAUGCACGCGCGAGAAGGGGCUUGCCCCCGCGGGCCGCGGGGCCCACGAGCUGCUCUGCAUCUGCGAGGCCCUGCACUUCGCGGGCUGCUGCGACAAGGUGAACCUGUGCGCGCUGAUGGCGAUGGAAGUGCGCCGCGAGCGGCGGGCGGGGGUCGUCGCUGCCCGCGCCAGCCCGCGGCGCGCGCAGCGGGGGCUGGCGAAGUACUGCACGGGGGCGCAGUCGGCGGAGAACCCGCGGGCCCACGUGGCGCGUCGGAUCCGCGAGGGCCGCGAGGGCCAGCAAGCCUUGCGCGGGGCGCCGACCCUCGGGCCAGAGGGCGCCCGGGGUCACGGCGCAGGCGCCGGGCGCGGCGCUGGCGGCGCUGGCGGCGGCGCUGGCGGCGGACGAGGCGGGCGCCGCGGUCGGCGGGCCUCGGCGAACGACUCGCUGCGGACUCUCAAUUGGAUAGCGGGCUUCAAGGGCUUCUGGGCGGCCGACCAUGGCCCGGACGUCGCGCCGGGCGACGUGCAGGCGGCCGGGAGUCCGACCGGGGUCGCGCCCUUCAAGCUCGACCUCGUGAGUCUUCCCGACUCGGCGAGCGGGCGCCCGCUUAUCUCGUGCCCCUUCCUCAGCUCGGAGGGCCUGUCCCGCAUCGAGGUGGGGCUGCCGGCGGAGGCGCCGCUGGGGCCAGCGCGAGCCGCAGAGCUGCUGUGUGAUUUCUGCCUGCCAGCGGGGCCGUCUAAUGUCUCCAAUUGCUUCCAUCGGCUGCGGGCGCCGGAGGAGCCUCUCCUCAGCCACUACGCGCUCGUGAACAACCUGGGGGCCAUCGGAGUGCGCGAGGAGCGCGCGGGCCAGGUCCUGGAGCAGCGCGAGGAGGGCUUCAACCGCAAGGGAAAGCUGCUGCAUAAAUCUGAGAUGUCACGCGGCGCUAUAGUCGCGCUGGGGGCUGAGCUGGACGGCGCUGCCCUCCGCGCGCGGGUGACACCCGAACGGUUCUGGAUACUGCGCGCCGCCCUGGGCGCCUUGCUGCGGAGGCAGGGGCUCCAAUUCCGUCUGCGCCUUAACGAGCGCGGACGCGUGGCAGGCUCGGUCCAGGCACUGCGGGCCGCAUAUCGCACUGAGUUGCAGGCCCUCAGGGGCUCGAUGAUCUUCAUGGCGAGCGACUGGCUCCGGGACAGGAGCCCCCUGGUCGCGCAGACUGACGUCGGCCUGGAUGGCGCGCGGGCUCGCACCGUGCUCGAGGGCGCGCUUGAGGCCGCGGGCUUCGAGCGGCAAGGCGAUGGCAGCUGGGCCGCCGUCGCGAGCAGGCAUUGCGCCCUGGGCGCCGAGGCACUGGCGUUGGUCAAACGCCCCGCGCUCCGCACGCUCGAUGCCCAGCUGGUGUUCCGCGACCGCCUGAGCUGCGCGCGGGAGGGGGUGAUGCUGCCCGAGGAGGCGGAAACGGCGACCGCGCCGAGGCUGGCCGUCGCCGACAGCAGCAGCACCGACGUCGAGGAGAAGCCCGAGCGAGACUCCGCGAGGCAGGCGGUGCUGCGGCGAACCGGCCGUCAGCGGAGGCGGCGCUUCUUGGGGGCGGCCCUCGCGACGGCGGCCAUCGGCGACAGCGGCUCAAGGUUGCGCCGAAAGGUCCUGGAGCGAAACCAGUCGGAAGUCUCAGGGUCCGCGACCUUCGCGGGGGUCCGCGAGCUCGUCAGCAACGAGAAUGCGGACAGCAACCUCGACGACUACUUCAACCACCUGUACUUCAGGGGUUGGGGCGACAAGAAUGGUGAGCAGAUCCUGGCUGGCCUCGUGCGCCUGGCGCCGGAGUUCUCUCGCUUUGGCCGCCAGCUCCCCUGGGUUUGCCGCUGCGAGAAGUGCUGGAGGCGGCGGGCGCCGAAUCGCAGCCGCCGCAGCUGGCCGCUGGCCUUGCGGGCGGGCAUAGCAUGGCGCUUGGCGGCGCGGGGCUACUUGCAAGUUGCAGUCUUCCUGCUGGUGUCGGUCAGCAGCUAUCUGCGGCCCAGCCAGCUCAUGGGCCCGAAGAGAGGCCGCAGCAAGACUUGGCUUAGCGACGUCAGCAUCGCGCUGGACUCCGCGCGCCUCCAGUUCUUGGCGCCGAUAUGCAAGAUACUGGCGUGGGGCAACACGGGCGAGCUGGCGCGGAGCUUCACGUGUCCCCAGUGCGUAGCAGAGUUCAAAGAGUCGGUGGCCGAGCUCCACGUGACAGAGAACAUAGUGCCGUACCAGACGCGGCACCCGGGCCCGUCGAUCGACCUGACUGUACCGCUCGAUCGCAUAAGGCCCCGCUGCACUAUUGUCGUUGCGCCAUUGGCCACGGUGCGGACCAGAGAGUACCAUCCGCAGUGCGCGGUCGAACACGGGGAGCUCCUGACCACGUCGGAGCUCUUGACGAAGAGCUGGGCGGCGCGGCCCUGCGCCUGCGCGUACUGCGCCAUGCGCUCCGCCCCUGCCUGGCCCUGUCGAGGCGGCAGCCUCACGGCUGCCAACUCCAUCCCCCGCAGAGUCGAUAGGUUCCUGUCGCAUCAAGUCGCCGACUUGGUUCCGGCCGAAGGUGCGCAGCUGGCCGCCACGAGGUCGAGCAGGAACGCCCAACACGCGCCGCCCGUGCGCCGCGCUGCCUGUUCUGCUGUGCUGGACUGGGACUGGGACCUCCCGUUCGCCCUCCCCGGCGUCGGCGGCGCCAGCGGCGCCGGCAGCGCCAGCGGCGCCGGCAGCGCAAACCGUGCAGGCUCCGGUGAUGGGUUUCGUGCCACCGCCACGGGCUUCGACUCCCUCCGCGGCGGCGGGCGCGGUCAGUGCAGCGGCUGCCGCAGCCCCGGCUGCCGCCACGGAGGCAGCGGCGGCGGCAUUGCUCUGGAUUGGCAAGGCCUACGCAUGCUGCUAAGGCCAGCUAAGAUCACCCCCCGCCCAUGGGCUGCUUGCGAGUAG